UCGUUUCACGAUUAUGACCUCACGAUUAUGAUCUUGGAAGAUUUCAAAUCACUUUUUUUUCAUUCAAAAAAUAUUUAUCUUAUUAUAUACGAACUUCGAUUAUCCUUUUAUGUAUUCUUUGCCAAUGAUAGAGGAUGGAGAUACCGAUAACGAUGGCGAUGAUGAUGGAGCGGUCGAUUGGUUCCGGUCGAGUUGCUCUAUCCUUAUGCUUCUUCUUUCGUCUCGAACAGAAUCAAUUCGGAUGGAAAGUAAAAAUUGGUCGGCGUUGACAAUAAAUCAGCAACGAUAACCGCGUGUUGCCGCGCGGUAAGUAUCGAUGUUAAUAUACGAUUUCACAGAAAAUUUUCGUAUUUCCGGAGUCGACAAUUGCGUUCGUUCGCGAAGGGUCUGUCUCUAGUCUGAACAUCGACAAUGUUCCACGAUCCGCGUAUACGUAAAAACGCAUACACAUGAAUCUAACAUCAGCGUUAAAGAGACCCCCGCCAUGUGGUGCAGCUAUUUCAGUGCUUGCUAUCUAUCGAACAGCUUGCCACCGAGUACGAGUACGAGUAUUGCUCGAACUUUGCCUCCAACAUCUUUACUUACGGCAAAGAUUCUCGCUUCCAGCAUCUUCCAGCGAAUCAAGCUCUUCGUGUUGACGAUCAACACGAUCAAAAUUUCUCCUUCUUAUAAAUAUACCGCCUUCUCAACAGAAUGGAAAUUAGAUGGAAUUUUUAACCAAUGUUUUACAUCGAUCACCGCAUUAUUGUUUAUCUAAAUUUUGAAUCUUAAAUGAUGAAUUUUAAUAUUUUCAACCCUAUCUACCUAUUUAUGAUGUAACUAUGUGAAAUAGAUUUAAUUUUCAAUAGAACUCGAAUCAAUUUCUCGAAAUCGUGAAUUCGAUAACAUGAUCAAAAUUUGAUCACGUUGUAUCACGUUAAUGAAGAUACUAUUUACUAUCGAAGUCGAUAUCGAGAUAUAUCGAAUGAUUUUUCUUUUUUUAAGAAACAUACGAUAAGGAACAUAUGAAAACAGUUAUGUUCUGCCGAGGAAAGAAACUAUAAAAAAGGAAGAGAAAAUCGAAAUAAAGUUAAGACGAAUUUUUAAGCAUUUUUAAGACAAGAUGGAUAAAUACGAGAUGAUAGAAAUCGUAGGAGAGGGAAGUUAUGGCAUGGUGAUGAAAUGCAAGCAUCGCGAGAGUGGACAAUUUGUAGCCGUUAAGAGAUUUCUUGAAACCGAGGAAGAUUACGAAGUGCGAAAAAUGGUAUUUCGAGAAAUCCGAAUGUUGAAAAAAUUACGCCACGAUAAUCUAAUAAAUAUGAUCGAAGUAUUUCGUCGAAAGAAACGAUUUUAUCUCGUAUUCGAGUAUUUGGAUCAUACUUUGUUGUACGAAUUGGAAAAUGUUGGAGGACGCGGUUUAGGUUUGGAAAUAUCCAAACGACAUAUUUAUCAAGUCCUUCGUGGAUUGGACUUUUGUCACGGUAAUAACAUAAUGCAUCGUGAUGUGAAGCCAGAAAAUAUCCUCAUAUCUUCGAAUGGAGUGGUGAAGCUUUGCGAUUUUGGAUUUGCACGUUUUGUAAAUAGUCCAAACGAGUCUUGCACGGAUUACGUGGCGACAAGAUGGUAUCGUGCCCCGGAAUUGUUAGUCGGUGAUCCUCGAUACGGCAGACCGAUAGACAUUUGGGCGGUAGGCUGUUUGUAUGCGGAAAUGGUGGUCGGGAAUCCUUUGUUUCCUGGUGAUAGCGACGUAGAUCAGCUCUAUCGAAUAACCAAAAUACUUGGAGGAUUAUGUAUGAAGCAUCAAACUUUAAUGAAUCAUAGCAGACCUGGUCAAAUAUUGCGGCUUGCGAGCGCGGAUGAGCUGAUAGGACCACCUCAGUCCGGUCUUUUCUCGAUUCGUAAAUUAUUUCCCAAAUGGGAUAUAGUCGCCAUCGAUUUUUUGGCUCAAUGUCUUCGUAUGGAUCCCGACUUAAGAUCAAAAUCUUUCAUGCUCUUGGAACAUCCGUUUUUUAUGCAAGAUCGAUUUGUCGAUAAAUUUCUUCUAGUUUUGAGAGAAAGUAUCGAUAUAGAAUCUUCUAUGAAUCCUUUGUUCAAUAAAAUAUUGAGCGAAAAAGAGCCGAGUGUUUUUACGAGUUUGUUCGAAUCAUCGUCGAAAACUAUUUGCCAACCUUCUUCCAGAUGGCACAUGCAUACCAUUAUCACGAAAGAUUUAAACGACAAAACGAAGUCCGAAGCGAUAGAUACGAUGGAAUUAUGCCAAACUUUGUCACCGGUGCGCAUCGAUUCCUCACGAAAAGUUUGUAACAUCGACACCAUUUCCGUCAUACCAAAUACAACUUAUAUUCGUAAAGUAAAGCAGAAAGGAAUUGUCGUUACGCAUGAUUAUUAAAAGAUUAUCACGUUAUAGCUUUUUUGAAACGUUCUACGAUCGUCCGAGUAGAGACGAUAAUAAAA